CUACUAUUGAACAGGCAUCUAUGAUCUAUGAGUUGGCGGACGGUGCUCGGGCAUGCCCAACGUAUCGACGAUAGAAGCACCGAGCAAGACACCGUAAAGAUGCACUGGAUAAAAGGCGCACCUGUGCCCGACUCAUAUUCCCCUCUGACGUUCUGACAAUUCUCUGGCUUGACGUGUACCUCUCUUGUGCCCACCGAUAUGCUCAUGAAUCUCGACCUCAUUUGCUUCUCGCUCUUGGUGUUGUUGACCGUCAUUGGCUAUGUGAUCCGACAACGCUUCAUACAUCCUCUGUCGAAGUAUCCUGGACCAUUCCUAGCAAGUCUGACCAACCUUUGGUCAACCUACCUCGCAUAUCGGGGUGAUUGGCAUAUUGUGUUGGAUCGUCUGCACAAACGACAAGGGUCAAUCAUUCGGAUCGCUCCAAACGAGGUAUCGAUAAGCGAUCCGUCCGCAAUGAAGAUGAUUUACUCCGUCACUGGAGGUUUCUCCAAGAGCGACUUCUAUGAUGUUUUUCGUAUUCCUACCGACCCUCCCAGUCUUUUCACUGACAGAGAUGAAGCACGACACACCGACAGGCGACGCCUUGUUGGCUCGGUAUACACCAUGAACAACUUGCUGAAACUUGAGCCUCAUGUGCAAAUUAUCAUAUCUCGCUUCGUUAAGCAACUUGACAAGCUGUUUGGAUCGACGAGUGACGUAGCCGACAUGUCCAUGUGGUUCUACCGCAUGGCAUAUGAUGUAACGGGUCAGCUCUCAGUUGGUCGCAGCUUUGGUGCCAUCGAGGAAGGCGACAGAUUCGGGUUUCUGGUUGAGUUACCCUUCUCUCGUCUCCUGGCAAGUCAACUGAACAUACAUCAGUCCCUUUUUGCUGAUCGGAAUGCCCAUGGCGGAAUACUCGGUCGUGCGCCUGCCUGGGCGAGACCCAUCAUUGGCAAGUUCUUUAACACCACAAAUAUUCAGGUGUAUAAGGACAUCACGGAUUUCAUGCAAUCCUCUAUGAAUGUUCAUCUCGCAAGCCCGGAGAAUCAUGCCGACAUGAUGUCUAUGAUGCUAGAGCUUCGUGAUGCGAAGGGACAGGAUCUCCUCACAACUGAUCAAGUGCAACGGGAUUGCAAGGCUAAGGAGAUCGAUGAAGCCUCCCUCGAGCUGGAAGCAGAUCAACCAUUUUCCGCGGCAAUGGCCCGUUCUGCCUCAUCAGUCCUCAGUGUAAAAAAACUAACAUACAUUGAGACAGAGAAGUUGCCUUACCUCGCGGCUUGUAUCCAAGAGGCUCUGAGAAUUCACAGCGGUGUGGGCUUUCCACUACCACGUGUUGUCCCAGAUGACGGUGCUGUGAUUGCAGGUGAGGUCUUCCCUGCCGGUAAUCGUUGGCAUUAA